AACAACAUCGCUGGACGACACGUUUCUCAAGCAAAGACAAUCUGCAUCGACAAUUCAACAUUUGAAUCUGUCAACCACAGGAUUCACACAAUUGCGCGACGGAAAAAAAAAUAAAAAUAAAAACACACCAGAACAAACCUAGAUUACCUCCACACUAGACGUUUCUAAUACUACGAUUUGACGACAACCCCGCGCGCCAGACAACAGACGACAAACGAUAAACGUUCCCAAUUGGCAACGACUCGACCAUUCGGCGAAACUCGAUCCCAUCUCGACCGAGAUUCCUGGCACGCUUGAAUUUUAGAGGAAGGCACCGAAGCCUUGUAGACAUAUAUCGGAUCACUUUUUGGUGAAGGUUGGAACAGUCAGCAUCCGCCAAUUAAAUCUAUUGGGCUACUUUUUUUGACUGCUCCCACAGGGGACGCAUGUCCUUGCGAUGCAGUUGACUUCAAUCCAGUCAAGGCUUGCUGCAUCCCUUGGAGUCCUCGCCAGUCUUUUGCCGCCACAUCCAGUCUUUGCUCAGGAAUUAAGUACCGAAGGACGAGAUACACGCAAUGACGCUUUGAAACCGAGAUUGGCCGCACCUUAUGAGCCGGUGUUUACAUCCGUCGACAGGACAAUCUUAGGCCGAGCCCCAGCCGGAGUUACACCACUGGAUAACAAUGUACCGCGAAGGCUAGAGUUGCAGCCUGGAAGCACACAGUUCCUUGUCUUUGAGAGGUCAGGGGAGGUUCGGACGGAACUUCGGAGGGACCUUGGCGGGACCCAAGAUCUCCCCCAAGAAAACAGCCUUAAUCAAGAGGGUACAGCCUCAUCAGGCGACCUGGAGAGGCGAGAAGCGCAGACACGCUCAGUGUACAUCUCGGCCACAACAUGCCAACAACCACAGGCCAAGGCGGACGCCACGGCGCCCGAAAUGCCCCAGCUCACAUUGUUCAUAUCAACAAAGAACUUACGGGAUAUCACGCAAAAUGGCAAUUCCAGCGAUCCCAACAUGACCUGGCGGCUAUUUGACGAGGGUGCUGCCAUGUUCAACAUCACCACUUCAGAAAACGUCUUUGUUGGCAUCCAAGCACCGGUUCUGCCGAGCACCAUAUCGGGCUCGUGGGGGGUUGAGGUUGCCGCCUCGUCCGACAAGCCUUACCACGGGCAUAGCAGCAUUGAGACGCGCGAGCUGAUGUGGAUGGAUAGUGAUGCCUCCGGUGCGCUCAUGGUCACGCGUGCCGCAUCUGGUCUAAGUGAAGGUGACCAAGGCCCUUAUGAACUGUUUGCCAGCCGGGCUGAUGUCAAGAACAGCUCCUUGAGCGGGAUCCGCAAAUCUUACUGUGGUCUUCUGAAUUACGCAGAGAUCUCCGCCUCAAAAGGUGGUGCACAGAGUGUGUUGGUGAAAUCCAGUUUGGUGAAGCGAGCCUCCGGUGAAAUGGCAAAACAACAGUUCCACUUGACUGGACUUCAAGAAGGCACCGUUUACGACGGAAUAAUAGCCACCAAGCAAAGGGAGAGCUCACCAGGUGGUGGAGGAUUGGUAUUUAGGUCAACGCAGUUCGCCACUAGGCAAGUUCAAAACAGUAGCUGCAUGCUCGUGAGCGGACUUACCUUCUGUAACAAAGUGGCCUACAAGGUCCCUGCAAAUACGACGGCUUUCCCCAACGCAGAGGCUCUUGGGAAGGCAUAUGAUGAUCAAGCCAAAGAAAUAUACGACAAUUUCGAAAUCCAAAUAUCCCAGGUUCAGUGCGAGACGGAAAAUGCGCAGAUAUACUCACUGGCGCGCACUUGUGAUGACUGCCGCGAGGCAUACAAGGAUUGGCUUUGUUCAGUCUCCAUACCACGGUGUGAGGAGGUCAGCGAGAACAAAGAUUGGUUGCAAAACCGCAACUUUGACAACAGUGAUGGCCAGCUCGAAAGUUUCGAGACGUCAUCGCGCACCAGCUUCGUCAACGAAAAGAUCAACCCUCGCCCGUACAAGGAAAUGUUGCCAUGUGUCGACCUCUGCUACGACCUGGUGCAGAGUUGUCCCAACUCGCUCGGCUUUGUCUGCCCGACUCCUUUUUCCACAUAUGGGUUCAAUCACAGCUACCAUAUUAGAGAUCAAGAUGGAACCAGCGGCGAGUUCAAGUGCAACUUUCCAGACAACGCGCACUUCGUCGAGGUUCGCAAGUCGGCAGCUGGUACGUUUAGGGCGCUUACCGGCAACGACCGAUUUUUAUCACAUUCCGUCGUGAUGUACGGGACUGUCGCGGCACUCGGUUUAGCCUUGAUGUAGAGCAAAUGCCGACUGGGUGCCGUGUUCGCUUAUACUGUUGACCUGGCGACAUGUGUGGUCGCUUUGGUGAAAACACUUUGUAUACGACUUAUCUAGCCGGGUGGCUCCGCAACAGGAUACCGUUGUCUGAUAUCCACUGUGAAUUUUCUACCUGUUUAGCGUCAUAUCUCAUUUUGAAUCUUGGUUUUGUAAAUAUUUCUCUUAACUGGUUUGCAGAUAUGGUGGCACUUUGGGUACCAAUUUUUGAUGGACUCAGCAUGAUUGAUCUGUCACCCUUCCUUGUUUCACAAUCACAGAGUCUUGUCUAGAA